AUGCAAGACGCAGGUACAAAGUCCACCGCUGACUUUAUCGAGAAUGUUUCCCCCACGGAUACAAAUGAUAGCCCGCAGGCGGUUCAUGUUCCCCUGUGGCAAUCGAUGAAGAAAUGGCCUAGAGUUGUCGUAUACAAUCUGGCUCUAAGCUCUGCCAUCCUCUUGUAUGGAUAUGAUCUCGUCAUCGUGGGAAACGUCUCUUCGAUGCCAACAUUCCAACAUCGCUUUGGACAGCGGCUCGGAGCUAAAUAUAUCAUCCCGUCGAUGUGGCUUUCGUUGUGGAACGCGGCGAGUCCGAUCGGGAUGAUGAUCGGGGCCAUGUUUGGUGGUCAUUUUCAAGAUCGUGGAGGACGUCGCCUGGCGCUCGCAACAGGGAGUUUCUUAUCCGCCAUCGCGGUUGCAAUGUGCUAUGUUGCGGAUUUACCUGACGAUAUAGAUUCGCGACGGGGGGUAUUUCUGGGUGGCAAGCUUUUCCAGGGAAUUUGUAUUGGCAUACUCCUCUGUGUGGUCCAGACUUACAUGUCCGAGGUUUUGCCGGUGGUUCUGCGAGGACCGAUCAUUGCUUUCCUCCCAAUUUUCACCUUGCUAGGACAACUACUCGGAUCCAUCGUGGUCUACACUUCUCUCAAGUACGAUGGUGCAACAGGCUAUCGGAUAUGUUUCGCGUCCCAAUGGCCCUUUUCCGCGGUUCCUUUUGCACUGGCUGCACUACUUCCCGAAAGCCCAACAUGGCUUGUAAGAAGGGGAAGAUUGGACAAAGCACUGAAAGCGCAGAAACGACUCGAUACGGAGAGCAUCGACUCAGCGGCUAUUGUUGACGAAAUUCGCACAUCAAUCUUGGUUGAAGAGGAGGAGAGAAAGUCACAGACUUAUAUGGACUGUUUCAGGGGAAUUCACAGGAGAAGAACGCUGAUCGUUGCGUUUUCCAGCGCUCUACCUCAGCUGUUUGGCCUACAACUCUUGGCUAGUGCGUCAUAUUUCAUGCAGAUUGUCGGGAUGAGCUCUUCAAACAGUCUGAUAUUCUUGAUUCUCGGUAUUGGACUUGGCCUGAUUGCCAAUGUGGUCAGUUUGUGGGUGCUCAAUGGAUUUGGAAGGCGCUUCCUUUGCCUUGUAACUCUUGGCACAUCUAUGGUUCUAUGGCUCGCAAUGGGCAUCGCGGGAUGCUUCACGGGUGUCGUAACCAUCUGGUAUACCGCCGUCACUAUGAUGAUUGUUACCAUGGUCUGCGGCCUGGGCGUCUGGCCCGCAUCUCAUGUUGUGGCUGCAGAGACCUCGUCACUACAACUUCGUGCCAAGUCUCAGGGGAUUGGGUGGUUUGUGAGUGGUAUUGCUUCUGGUGUUUUCUCCAUCAUCUUGCCGUAUAUAUAUAACGCAGAUCAAGGUAAUCUGAGAGCAAAGACAGGUUUUGUGAUGGCGGGAUUCGCAGCGGUCGGGGUCGUGGCCACUUGGUUCGCUGUGCCUGAAAUGAAGGGUCGGUCGCCUAUGGAGAUUGACCGCAUGUUUGCAUUGAGACUCCCAACGCGGUCGUUCAAGCUGUGGAGGAGUGAUGUGGUUCUUGAGAAGGAUAUAGUUACUGCGGAUCAGGCUGCAAGAGCGUAA